AAAAACAUUGUUGUUAUUCACCGGUGAGACUAAACGAGAAGCUAUUGCUACAGUUGGACGUGCUGCUGCAAGAAUGGACGUGGAAAAAUGUACGCGGGACCUCCGCGAGACGGUGCGGGAGCUAGAGGCUGCGCUGGCCACUACGCGAGAGACAGUGCAGCAGCUGAAAGGUGCGCUCGAGUCCGGCGAGGAUGAGAUCGUCGGGCUCCGCCAGAUGCUCACCAGAACCAAGAAAGAGAGGGACGAGUUGAGGGUGCAGAACGCGGAGCUGAUCAACAGGCUGGCGGUCAUUGGUCGCAAGCAAAGCACUUCUAGCUCGCCAAGGCAAUCCAGAUCAACUCCGCCACCAGAAUCUCCAUCUACCCAGUCCCCAGUUAUCCAGCGGCGAAACUCGAAAAUCGGUUCCCCCCUACCUGCCCUCCCACCCCCUCCCCCUGCCGACUCCUCGCAGCCCCCCGUGACAGACCCUGUCAUUGCCGCGGCGACCGACGAGGGUAGCGACACGGACUAUUCCGACAUGGAGGGGGACGAAGCCACGGAGAAAAGGACAGAGGGUCGCGUGAGACGCUCGAAAUCUCCAAAGUCUCAGACAAAAGGCGAUCCUAGCUCGCAGCAGAAGUUUAGUCGACCGAAACGAAUUGCUCGCAGCUCUCCCAACACAACUACUACUGCGGAAUCUUCCGGAACUACUGCGAAACUCACGAGCCCAAAGAAAAGCGUAGCUUUCCAAAACCUGUUGAGUAUUUCGGAGGAAGAAGGAGGAGCUUCUCCUGAACAAGCGCGCAUGAGUGCGUCAGUGCAAGUGACGACUGAGGGGAAGGAGAGAAUUCCGCCAGACAGUGGGGCCCCCGUGUUUGGGGGUGUGGGGGGCAACGAGGGGGCCGAGGAGACAAGCCAGCCACGUAGAAGGGUCACAAUGUCGUGGAGUAACAUCAAGAUAAAGCGUCCGAGUCAAGAACUGCCGUCAGAGGUCGCCCCCGAGAUAGUUACGGGGGGGCAACCGACAGUGUAUGACCACCUGGAGAUGAGGCGGUCUCGUACCAGCACCAUCUCUUCCUCGUGCGGCGGUUCGUACAAGAAAGAGUACAAGAGGAAGAACAGCAAGCAGCUGAAGGAGGCAGCAGCCAAAUUGGAACGCUCGCCGGAUUUCAUCUCUGGCGGGAGAAAGUUGCACCGUUUGGAGCUGUUCUCGCCCGAUAUGGAGCUGCGAAUCCGCGAGAAAAUUUGCAGCGAGAUCGGGAAGAAAUACUGUGGUCUCACGUGCGCAAACAAGUCGGCGAUUGUGAUCCAGAGUGCCUACCGACAGUAUAAGCUGAGAGAACAAUACAACAAGAUCAGGAAGGAGGCGAGCGAGGUUCGUCAGCGUGCUCAGUCGAUGAAAGACCCGCGACGAAGGCCGAGCAUGAUCCGUAAGAAGCGUCCGGGGAGGUACAAUCGCAAUCUCUCGGCCCUCGCUCCCUCCACGGACCCUCUUCUGAAGACGAAACUUCUCUCGCAGGACAUUGCGAGGGCCGGAGUCCCGCACACGCACACAUCGUCACGGCGACAGCUGGUGGAGAAGACCCGCAGCGUGCAGAGUCUGAGUGAUGGGAGACAGUCAGCUGAACCUGCCUCCUCCCCUACCCAGGAAACUGACGAUGGAGCUGUGGAGAUGGAAUUUGCAGUAUGUGAAAUAAAAUUAGAAGACGAGGCCACACCCACUGUAUGUCCUGACGUAGCUGCCGAUGGUGCUACCACCGUUGAAUCAACUGAUUUCCUGAGUCUCCCGACAUCAUUCUCAACAGACGUCCUCCUCACCUCCGCCGGGUACACGAGGCCCGUCAGCAUCUUCUCGGCCGCACGGCCGUCGUCCAGCAUCGAGACGACGUCCCUCGGACAGCAACGGAUGAGCCGCGGGGACGACGAAGACGUCACGAUGUCGUUGUCACGGAGAUCACUCUCUCCAGAAGUCAGGGACAGGAAGAUUAAUAUGGGCAUCGGACACUUUAAUAGGAAACCGACACGAGGCAUCCAGUACCUGGUGAGAGAGAACGUCUUGCCAGACAGUCCGCAGAAAGUGGCGACAUUUCUCGCCAGUCAGUACGGUCUCAGUAAAGAGAAGAUUGGAGAAUUUGUGGGGGAGAUCAGUUCAGAGUUCCACAUGGCAGUUCUCGAAUGUCUGUUGGAGCAGAUGGCCAUGAAGAUCAAACCGAUCGACGAGGCUCUCAGAGAUUUCCAGAUCCUCUUCAGAAUGCCCGGAGAAGCUCAGAAAAUAGACAAGAUCAUGCAGAUGUUUGCACUGGAGUAUUUCAGGUUUAACAAGGAGGGGGUGAUAAAGUCAGAGGACGCUGCCUACAUCCUGUCCUUUGCCAUAAUGAUGCUUCACACGUCUCUACACAACCCCUCGGUCAAGAGCAGAACCACCAAGAAACAGUGGGUGUCCAUGAACAGAGGGUGUAAUGAUGGAGAGAACUUUCCGGAACAGUUGCUUUUGGAGAUCUACGACAGAAUCGGCAAAAGAGAGUUCACUACUGGUCAGGACCAUACCACUGUGGUCAGCGACAUUGAAAGGAACCUUAUUGGAUACCAGAACACCUCAAGAUUGGCAAUACCCCAGCGGAGGCUAAUCUGUCGGGCGGUUGUCACGGAGAUAGACCAGCUGACGUCGCGACCGAGCUUCAAAAACAAACGACGUCGUCUCGUCUUUGUGUUCAGCGAUCAGGUCAUCAUCUGCAAGAAACGUGGCGGGGACCAAUUGGACUACAGGGGCUCCUUUUCGCUCAUGGACGCCAUUGCCAUCAGUUUCGAGACCCACCACUACAAAAACGGGAUUCAGAUCUAUUCCUCCCACGAUGCCAAGGCAAUCUUCCAGUGUAACUGCGACACUGGUGAUGAGAGGGUUAAACUACUCGGGACUCUCGAAGCCACCAUCUCUGAACUACGAGAUAUGGAGAAAGAGAGGAUGGCCGAGCUGGGCAAGUCUCAGGACGUGGUCCCUGACAGACGACACAGGAUGGCCAGUCGGGCAGGGGACCUCAUGUCGUCUGCCCAGCUUGAGAAACCUCUGGCCAGUGCAAGGAGACAGAGGGAGAACAAAGGAGACUAUGUGCAAGGAGUGGGUGAUCUGGUCAUCUCAUCCUCCAGCAAAAUCAUCAGAAGAACCAGCCGGUCCUCCGGAUCCACCAGUGUAAGACAUUACAUCACCAUUACAUCAUUCAUUACAUCAUUCAUUAUGUCAUACACUAGACACCGCCACACAUGAGGGAACACACUUGCAAAACAACUUGCAACUCUUCAUGUGUCAAUGGUAUAAUAGUCAUAAAUCCACACAUGUGAUCGAUUUCCUCAUUACUUAAUCAUGACAUCAUUUGUUAUUAUGUAAUAAUUACAUCACUGUUUUUCUCCACCCCCAGCAGCCUGAAAACCGGACGUCCGGCGGAUCCCACGAGUCAGGGUAUGACUCCCAACGCACUACUCCGGUCCCCUCCCCCUCCCCCACCAAUCCACCCCACUCCACCCCGCAUUACUCCGCUUCCUCAGUCGCACACCCCACCCCUUCACCCUCCGUCAAACGGCAGCUGCAACCCCGCAUUUCCACGGCUUCCGCACCCAUGACCCUAACGACCCCCGGAUCCCCCGUGACAAGGUCGAAAAGUACGGAUCAGAUAAACCUCGUAAGAGUCUUAACAAUAACACCAUCGCUAAAGAGGGACGCGAGAGGAAAAUUUUCAAGUGCCGAGGACGUUCGCGGUUCGCCGAAGAGUAGCCGCCACAGUGCAUCGAACUCGCCUCGCCUCACCAAGAAAAAGAAGGAGCGCACAAAGACGACAUCCGGGGAGAGAAAGAAACUGAACUUCUCGCCGUUUCGUCGUUCGAAUAAGAGCAACAACGAUCGACGAGGGAGUAGCCCUGUGCCGGGGAUAGGCGGGAGUCCGGUUGUGUUGACUCGGUCGCGAGCGGUCUCCGAAACUCCUCCUCCCCCGAGUGACCUCGAACUCAGCACUAGAUCUGUAGGUCGUGCAGCCUCCACAUACGUUGUCAACACCACUACUUAGAUAUGUAUAUUAUAUCAGACCAGAGCACUAUGUGUGUAUGCUUUCUUUCUCUCUUAAAAUGCCUCCCUCUAUUAUGACGUCUAUAUAAAUAUUUGUUUGUUUGUUUGAUUGUAUCUGUGUUAUAACAACAUUAUGUAGCAGCUG